AUGGCAGCACUUGGCUUUAGUUCAUUGUUGCUUUUAACUGUUAUUAUAUACGGUUGUCAUUCUCAUCCACAAUGCCUCGACUUUCAACCACCAUUCGUGCCAAAUGCAAAGCGUAUGUGGUGUCGACGUUACUCAAAGUUGGGUUGUUGCACAGCGGAACAAGAUGCGAUAUUAAAAAGUCGCUACGACAGCGCUUUAAAAAUCGUUCGCGUGAAAAAACAACACAAAUGUAAACGUUAUUUGUUCAAAGUUGUAUGUCUCGAAUGCCAUUCAUGGUCCGCACAUAUUUUUGACGCAGAAACUAAUCCUUAUUACAGUGCAAACUCGGCACUGCCUUGCUUGGGCUACAAGUUCUGUCAAAGGCUGGUCAAGUAUUGUGGCCCUGCCAUCGAGCAACUUUACGGUCAAGCGAUGUCUAAUCGCAACAUUACACUACGGGAUUUUUGCCGGGAGGCAGAAGUUACUUUGAACAGAGAUUUGUGCUACCCGAAAAUCAGAAAGACUUUGAAAAGAAUGAAAAUGCAGAAACAGCGGAAUGUUGUUUCUUUGAACGCGACGAAAAAGGGUUGUCUUUGUGUGCGAGAGGUUGUUAGAGACCUACGCAAUCCUCUGGCCAUUGUUCACGCCAACGAUGGUACACAUAGACUUUUUAUUGUGGAACAGAUUGGUCUUAUUCACAUUCUUACAGAAAACGGUACAAAAUUACAUCAACCGUUUAUGGACAUACGGAAGAACGUAUUUACUCGUCCAAACUUUGGCGAUGAACGUGGCUUAUUGGGACUUGCAUUUCAUCCGAAAUAUUGCGACAAUGGACGAUUGUUUGUGUACUAUAAUUUACGAAAUCCUUUAAACAAAAAAUGGCCGACUAAGGGGGGACGGACAGUACUGAGCGAAUGGAAGGUUUCUGCAAAAGAUAUGAAUAAAGUCGACCCGAAUUCUGAGAAAAUUCGCUUCAUUUUCGAACAACCUAUGAGCAACCAUAAUGGCGGUCAAUUAUUGUUUGUUAAUGAUAGUUACCUUUACAUAUUUCUUGGUGAUGGAGGCGGAGCUGGAGAUCCACUUGGAAAAUAUGGCAACGCUCUGAACAUGUCAUCGCUUCUUGGCAAAGUGUUACGUAUAGAUGUGGACGUCGCAAUGCCUGGCAUCCCUCCCGAUAAUCCCUUUAUAAAUGUUUCUGGUGCACUUCCUGAAAUCUACGCAUAUGGUUUACGCAAUCCAUGGCGGUGUUCAGUCGACCGCGGCGACAGGAAGAACGGAUAUGGUAAAGGAAGGAUCUUUUGUGGUGAUGUUGGACAGAAUGCUUUCGAAGAAAUCGACAUCAUUGUUAAAGGGGGAAACUAUGGGUGGAGGGGACGCGAGGGGUUUAACUGUUACGACAAACUGAUCUGUAACUCCAAACUAAUGGCCGGAGAGAAAUUACCAAUACACGCAUACAGUCACAAGGUUGGCCAGUCAGUAGUAGGAGGAUACGUGUAUCGCGGCUGUAAAUAUCCCAACAUGAGAGGAUCUUAUUUCUUUGCUGACACCAUGAAUGGUCGUAUAUUUACCCUGAAAGAAAACCAGAUGACGAAGAAAUGGCAUUCAAAAGAAGUUUGUUUUGGCAACCAUUUCUAUUGUAAUGGUCCCAAGGUCUCAGGAUAUUAUGCCCCGAUGAUUUUAACUUUUGGAGAAGAUGAAUUAGGAGAGCUUUACUUUGCUUCGACUCUUUUUUCGGGUAAUGAAAGUCCGCAAGGUGUUGUCUAUCAACUCUUCGAUCCUCAAAGACGCAACGAUCCUUCGAAUUGUAAGUUGGAGAUAGUUAAACCUCCCAGAUCUGGUUGUUAUGACCGCAUGUGCAGCAAGUUUUGCCUUCGGUACAAACACUACUGCACGAAAUUUUAUGUUGAGUAUAUGAAGAAGAGAUGCCGACUUACGUGUGGAUUUUGUUAACAUAUAUGAACGAGCUGAUGUUUCGCUAUGGUCUGUGUUCGCUAUAUUUUUUACUGUCAAUCUACUGUCCUCAUAGUUACGAGAGUUUGAUUAAUCUUUUUGCUCACCAUGGCUGACAAUUUGGAUACCUGCAUCAUUCUGGACUUCAAAACAGUGAACUGGAAGUGUUUCUAAUUUACAAAAAAAAUUGUAAAAAAAUACUUGUGUGUUGUAUCUGUGUACUUAAUUUUUUAAUAUCAAUUAGCAUUAAAAAUGUCAUUAAAGUAUUGGGAUGACUUUUUGGACAUGUUAUAUUCAAAUAAAAAAAUGUUAUAUCCGAGUA